UGAAGUGUCAUUUUCCCGGCAUAUAUCCCUCAGUAUUCCCCAAUACCUUUGACGGAAAAUAAUCUCCGGCGACAAAAGUAUGGCAACGGUGUUCAUCGCCGUUCAAUGUUGUGAGUGUUCCACCAUGCAGGUAAAGCAACAGAAGAAGAGUAGCAACAAAUGGACAUGUGUGGUUUGUAAUCAGAAACAGUCUGUUAGGAAAGUGUUUGCUCAGGGGUAUAAGGCUAAGGAAAUCCGCUUAUUUGUUCAGAAUUUCAAUAUGUCUCGCCAUCAAUUGCCCGUGCUAGGCAGGGAAUUAGAAACUGAAACCCUAGAUAUUGGAGAGAAUAAUCAAAGUCAUGCAAGUUCUAAGAGAACUGAUUGGACUCAGUACCUUGAUCCAGAAGAAAAUUCAAUUGAAAAGGAUGACAAUUCAGGAGAUGUAAUGGAUCCGAAGAUUGUGACGGAGUUACCCAAAGAGUUAUUCAGAAAGCCUAAGGUGAAGAACUAUUCUGCUGUUGCAGGUCAUUUCAAACCAGUUUUUUCAAAGCGAAAUGCCAGAAAACAAAGCAUUUCUCAAGGUCAAGGUUAUCGGAAUGCAGAAAACACAGGCGUGGAGGCAAGCAAACGUCAAGCAACAAUGGCAUCGGUGAUCUCCAAGUGGGGAGAUAAUAGAACAGCACCAUUAGACGUGUCUGUUCAGCCAGCAACAGACAGUGUUUGCAAAUUGAAUGAAGGCAUCAACCUAUAUGGCCAUGACAACUAUAUAAAUGAAGGAAAUCUUGGUUAUAGCAAGUCAGUAGAGAGAAGUCAGCCAAAUACGGCCAACAAAGUCUCCAAAUGGACUGAGUACAUAACUGAAGAUGAAGAUGAUUGUCACUUGCUGUUUGCAAGUGGGAGAGGAUCCACAUCUGAUGUCAACAAAUGGAGUGACAAUACCUUUGAGACCUCAUUGAAGGAUCAACGACUAGACGACGAAGAAAUCCACCCUGAUUUUCUCUAGACUCACAAGUUUGUGCACAAGGAGUAUUUUCGUUUGUUUUAGUGGAUUAUCUUUUACAACACAAUCUUAACGCAGUGGACAGUCAGACUUGUAAUACAGGGCAUAUUUUCACCCUGAAUUCAAUGUAAACAUUUGUAAUAAAAAGCACCAUAUCGGCUAGAA